UUUGCAUAUACAUUCGAAAAGAAAACAUAUUAACCUUUAUUCUUUAUUUUUCCCAAACAAACAUGAGAAAAAUAUGAAAGAGCGUCUAGUUGCAACACAGGACCAGCUCUAAAAGCGUAAGACCAACUAUGCGUCUCUCCGGUAGAUCUCCAUGUGAAAAGCAAGAUAUAAAGCAUGUAGGGGUAUGUGGAAGUUCAGCCAACUUUCCGCAAAAAUUUACCUGUAAGUGCUUCGCUAAGAUGCCUUCUAUUCGUCUUAACUGCUUUCUUCGUGGUGGAACCGUUAAUAACAUUUUCGAUGUAGAAAUUGAUAAUAAUUUGUCUGUUGGUGCUCUGAAAGAUCAGAUCAGAAAUGUCCGGCAAGACUUACGUCAAGAAAACUUCGAUCUAUAUGAAGUUAAUUUUUUUCAGCCCAAUUUUUCCAUAGUCUCUUCUGUAAACAGUAUUGCGAUUAGACAAGGAGUGUUUAUGGUUCCACAUAGAGAAAUUUCUAAUUAUUUCUCUACCUUGCGCAUCAAUACUCUCAUAGAAAGCCCACCUUACUUUCAAGAAAACGGUGAAAGGGGUGUUAUUCACGUCCUCAUAUACCCUCAAGAUUAAUAAUUAUUUUUAUAUCAUGUAAUGCGAUCCAUUCGCAAUUUUUAUGUAUUGUAGGCCGGGUUCCGGCAACAUUUUAUUUCAUAAAUAAAGUAUUAUUAUAUGAGUAAGCGGGUCACGUGU